ACUGCGGUGUGCUCGUGGCGCGUGCGCGCCUGUGACGUCAGCCUGCUCUGCGGCGCCGCUCUGUUCUGCUCUUCUGUUCUUCUCCGCUGCGCUGAUUUUUUCUUCUUCUUCUUCUUCUUGUUCGUGGAUGGAGGACGCGCUUUCGGCCUCUCAUCGUUUGAUUUGGUAAAGCAAGCAUCAAAGCGCCCGCCGCUGGCAGGUGGGCCGCAGCGCAGAUGGACCCCUCGGCCGAAUAAACGAUGAAUCACGAACAGGUGGAGCCCGUGCGGCCGGGGCGUCAAGGGACGGCGUGAUCGAAGAGGCGCCCCUCCUGCCGGACCUGAGUGUGACGAAGCGGCGGUGGCCGGGAUGCUCCAGCGCGGGGACACCAUCCGGACGUGAGCGUCGCCCCCUCAGCAGCAGCAGCAGCAGCAGCACCACCACCACCACCGCGGCCUUGUGUGCGGCCGGCUCGAGUGACGAGGCCCGCGGAGCGCCGGCUGCCGGCGAGUCCGCCCGGGAGGGACUAGGGCCCGGGCGGGCCGAUGCGACGGGACGCGAAGCACCGGUGGCUCGCAGGAAGCUGUGGCGGAGAAGCCUCGCCGGCCGUGGCUGCCGGAGACCGAGCGUGAGCCUCGGCGCGCGUCACGAUGAGCUAACCGCCGCCCUCGACGCCGCCUCGCUUUUCUCUCCGACUCUUCGCCUCAAAGCCGGACCCCCGGCGGACGAGCGGCCAUGGAGCAGAUGCUGCUGUCCAGCCCCACUGGCCGUUCGGACUGGGACCUAGACAAGAAGAUGGGGGAGCUGGGCUUCAUCCUGCUGGAGGCCGACAAGGGCCCCGGUUUGCCCCCGGUGAGGGGCGAGCGGACCAAAGCCGCCUUGGACUUCAUGUCCGGUGACAAAGAGCUGGUGUCCUUGAACCUGGGGGGCUUCUUCAGGAGCUCCCGGUACCCGACCGUGAACGAACUGCUGGCCUGGGACAACGGCCUGGACUACCCGGUGCUGCAGUGGGAAGGCAAGGCCAGCCCGGACGACCCCCAGGGCCCGGCGGUGCUCGUGCUCCAGGACGGCGACAUCGGGGGGCACGGAGCCCCCGCGUCUGCAGAGCUCGACGCGCGCUCUGCGCUGUCACCCGAUCCGCCCUUACGUGAGGAGUCCCACGGGGCAGCGUCACCUGAGACAGUCGGCCGGGUUUCACUCCCGCUGGAUGACAUCAUGCCAGGUAGCCGUGGCCAGGAGGGCUCGGCGCAGGGUCCGGAAGACCAGGAUCUGCCGCCGUCUUCCCCCUUGGAAGGAGAGCCGUGCCAGUCCAGCGGUGGCGCCGCCGCCUGGGCGGACUUUGAGCCGACUGCUCAGACGACCACUUCUCUUAGUCGGCGUGCCAGCCCAUCCUCGCUGGAACGAGGGGCUUCACCCGGUUCAAAUGUGGCUAUGGAGGACCUCGCUUCAGAACGGGAGUCCUGGGACGGCGCCCCCCGGGACGUGCUCGACUGGUUAGGUGACGCCGACCGCUUGGACCAGAGAACGCUGCACGUGCCCGUUGGCGAGGAGUGGGCACUGCCCCCGGAGGAGUCCCGUCUUGGGGCCGCGGGGGGCGCCGAGGUGGACGAGCUCAGUGCCCUCAGGGCCGUGUUUGACAUGCUGGACCAGGACAAGGAUGGCUUUGUGCGGACCGAGGAGUUUGUGCAGUUUGCCACCGUCUACGGCGCGGAGCAGGUCAAAGACUUGACUCGAUUCCUGGACCCCACCGGCCUCGGGGUCAUCAGCUUUGAAGAUUUCUUCAGAGGAAUUGCGGCCAUCAACAAUGGAGGUGCCGACGGCCAACCUUUCGAGACAAGGGUCUAUGGAGGAGCGGUGGAGAGUGCCAGCUGCCCUGAGGAGUUUGAGGAUUUCACUGCUUUGGAGCAGAACGAGGUGACAGACAGCGCCUACCUGGGCUCGGAGAGCACCUACAGCGAGUGCGAGACGUUCACUGACGAGGACACGGGCACACUGGUGCACCAGGAGCUGCACGAGGAGGUGGAGACGGACAGCGCCAUCGACGCGGCGCUCCACUAUGGCGACGACUCGGCCAGCGGGUCCCAUUGUCACCGGCUGUCUUUGGACUCGGAGCUGAACAGCCACUCCCUGGUGACCGUCAUCGGCCAGGAGGAGGAGCACUUUGAGGACUUUGGUGAGGGCAUUGAGACCGAACUCCUGCCUGAUGGUCCUGCCAGCUCCGAAGACGAUGCCAGUGUGAACUCCCCUCUAGAGAGCACCGCCUUACACUCCCCCAGCGCCGACUCUUUCCCUUCCGGUUUGCACGACUUCCUCCGGGAGGAGCUGCUCGACUUUUUCUGCAGUCAGUGCCACAAGCAGAUUAACCGACUCGAGGACCUGUCUGCCCGCCUCAAUUACCUUGAGAUGAAUAGUGCAAGCAAGCGACUCUCCAGCAAGAAGGUGGCAAGGCAUCUCCGGCAGACGAGCGCCUUCUGUGCCGACAGCAUGGAGGACGUGUCCAGGGACAUCGCCGACUUUGCUGAGACGGACAUCGCCGAUAAGGUGGUCCUACUGGAGAAGCGACUCAUGGAGUUGGAGAAGGACGCGACUGCCAGCGGAGAGCAGCACACCCGCCUGCGACAUGAGAACCUCCAGGUGGUGCACAGAGCCAACGCCCUGGAGGAGCAGCUGAAGGAGCAGGAGAUGCGGGCAGAGGAGGCCCUGCUGCUGGAGAUUCGCAGGCACAAGGAGGCGCUCUGCAAGGUGGAGAGGGAACGUGGCAUUGAGAUUGAGAACCUGCAGGCCAGGCUGCAGCAGCUGGACGAGGAGAACAGUGAACUGCGCUCGUGUCUGCCCUGCCUGCGCGCCAACAUAGAGCGGCUGGAGGAGGAGAAGCGGAAGCUUCAGGACCUGAUGGAGGACACCACCAUUCACCUGAAUGAAGAGCUGGAGAGCCGGCGCAAGCUGAGUGAUAAGCUGGCAUUCGACAGACACAAGAAUCAGAAGGAGAAGGAGUCCACGCAGGAGCUUAUCGAAGACCUGCGGAAGCAGCUGGAGCACCUGCAGCUCUACAAGCUGGAGGCCGAGGCCAGGAGGGGGCGCUCUGCCAGCGCGGGGCUUCAGGAGUACAACAGCAGGACCCGCGAGGCCGAGCUGGAGCAGGAGGUGCGCCGCCUCAAACAGGACAACCGAAACCUGAAGGAGCAGAACGACGAGCUCAACGGGCAGAUCAUCAACCUGAGCAUCCAGGGUGCCAAGAACCUGUUUGCUGCCUCCUUCUCAGAGUCCCUGGCAGCCGAGAUCAGCUCGGUGUCCCGCGAUGAGCUCAUGGAGGCGAUUCACAAGCAGAAGGAGAUCAACUACCGGCUGCAGGAUUACAUCGACCGCAUCAUCGUGGCCAUCAUGGAGUCGAACCCCUCCAUCCUGGAGGUAAAGUAACGCUCGGGCACCAGUGCACCCGACGUGGUGCCCCAGUUGGCACAAGGAUUGUGGCCUUAGCUUGUCCAGAAACCCUGGGCAAAGUGUGGCCAGAAGACACAUGAAGACAUUGGACGGUGACCUUUGUACAUAGUAUUUGAUGUUCUCACCUGGGCAUGGUGCCCAGUGGUCCCUGUGACAUCCUGGCAUCACUUGGUGCACCUAAAGGAGGAGGGACCUUGGCUUGGACCCCAGGCCUGAGGGUGGCCAGCAGGCAACCUGUAUAUGAGUGCUUGGCACAGGCAGUGCUGUAAGGCGGGCCCAAAAUUGACUUCUUGUUGUUCUUUCCUUGCCUGCUGAUGCCACAUCAGUGCUGGGCAGCACACGACCGGCCACACCAGUCUGAGUUGCAUUUCUGGCUAUUGAAUUUCUGAUGGGCACUCGCUUUGGAGCACAAGGCCCUCUCACUGACCGCACUGGACAUUCUCCUCCUCUGUACACUGGCACAAGCUGGCACAAAUGACAUGGCCAGAAAGGUGACUUGGACCUGCUCCCCAGAGGGGCACAAAUGAAGGAAGGAGCGGCUCUGCUGGCAUUGAACGCUCAUGUCUUAGUGGCCGGACACGUUGGUGUGAUGGCACUGGUGCCCGUGGCCCUGCGGUGCCCUCGAGCGGCGUGCCCUCGGCUUUGGCUGUAAAUGUGCUGUACAUUUUGGACUUGGACUGUUUUUCUAUCUCGUAGUUAUUUUUCUAGCAUCAAAGAAACGUUUUCAUUGUCUGGAGGGGCACGACCCUUGGAUGCCCGCUGUUUGCCUCCAGCUUUCUGCUUCGCUUUUAAGGUGGGGUGGGCAGCUGAAGAAAAUGAAAUGAAGGAAAGUGACUGUGGGGGAGCUGAGAUGGGGGACCCCUCGCUGACCCUCCACUGUCGCCCCCUGCAGAGGACCCCCGCUGUAUUUAUUGUAUGUUAAGAGAAUGAGACGGCGCCCCCUGCUGUCGGGCACUGUGUACUCUGAUGAGGUUUCAAAUGUAUCACCUGUCGAGAGGACGAG